UCGUUACCGGUUGGGCCUGUUCUUAUUGGAUGAUUGUGUAGACUCCACGAGAUUUACCGAGUGAACCGGUUUUGGCUAAGAGUUUUAAUUAGGGUUUGAGUCGGGCCGAAAAUUGGAGAUCGACGGCAACGAUAAUUAACCGGUUUGUUUGGGUUAAAAAAUUCAGCCGAUUUUUCUUCAGUACUACACUGUUUUUCUCCAUCUUCUUAUCCUCUUGAUCCGGUGAACGGUGGUACUCUGCGACGGAGGAGAAGCCUUUACUGGUGGUGCGACGGUGGCGAGGAUUCCGCGAACACGGUCUGACGACGCAGAUCACUUAGGAAAGAUCAACGAAGAGAGAUGAACUUGUAAAAGUAGCUGAAUAAAAGGAAAUGAGGCACAAUUUUGUAGCUUAUAAAUGUGUGCAGGGUUUUGUACAUGUUUGUUGUCCAAAGUAUGUCAGCAGAACCAGGCGAAGUUCUCCUCUGAAUUACAAUGCAGCAGUUCAUUAUUGCUCAGUGCCGUUGAAUGAGGAAAGCUUACCUCCAGGAUGGUACGACGAGAUGUUUCCAAGAUUGACUAAAUUAUCCAAUUUGCUGAAGAAUGUGGAUUUGGUUGAUGGAAGGUUAGUGGAUGUAAAUGACAAUUCGAUUGUCAGGGAUGAACGUCUUAUUAAUAGGAUGCACCGAUUUAAGGCGCUUGCCAGAGUUUUUCUUGGGCAUCCAUCAGUACAGGGAGAACUGACGAGGAACGUGAGGGCUGUAAUGGUAGGAAGAAAAUGCAAUCCACCUGUUUGUUUUACCAAACCAAUUGAGUGGGAACCUUUGACUGUGAAUAACCUCACCAAGAUCUGCAACUUUCUGGACGUCUCUGCACAACAAAGGAAGACAGUCCGUUUCACCAUAUGCCCAAAAGUUGCACAGCACAGGAUUUUUACAGGUGCACUUGAAGAAAUAUUAGAGGAGCUUAAAACAGAGAUGAAGUUAUUGGAUUCUCAGACUCCUAGCAAAGGGACGUUUAUGGGUCAGCAAAUUGUUAAUGCUUGUUUAAAGUUCUUAGCUGAAACAGCUUGUUGCCAAGAUGACGAUGCUUCUUCAUGGAUGAGACCAAAACCAUAUAAAACAUAUGUAUCUCCAUCAUCCCGAAAAUGGGAAGAAGUUCUUGAAAUGUUCAGUGACCUCAUCAGUAAUCUGAGAAAAGAAGAAGGAUUAUCAUUCCAUGUGUCAAAGCUUGAGGUGAUGAAAGAAGGGCUAAUUCAGAUUAAAGACGUGCUAAUUGAUAGAGACAUCGGGUACAAGGAGGUGCAACAUCAUGAAAGCUUGGUUCAAAAGAAGCUUCUGAAAACAUUGGGUCACUCAUCCCGAUGUUUGUUCACACUUGUAAGAUAUUAUCUUCAUGAAAGUAUUAGAGACAUGGAAGUCGAGGUGUGUGGCGGGUUAUAUGAGAUUGGUGAGAAGGAUAAGUUAUGUUUGUGCAUGGGGAAACUUUUGACAUCAGUUGAGGAGAAAAUGAUUUGGAGUGGGAUAAAGCAAUUAGAUCGAGCUCUUGAACUGUUUAAGUUUGUAUGGGAAACUGCUGGGAUGAACAGAAAGCUAGAGUUGCAAGGGCAUUUGUGGUGUGUAGGGGCUGAGAGUAGGACUAUUACCUACAGAGGGAAUUUGUUCUUCCUCCAUGGACUUGAUGCAGUUCAAUUGAUAAUCAUGAAUAACUGCAACACCACAAUAUGGCCAGGAAUACUAGCAACCGGGGGGCAGAAAACGCCUCUAGGAGGAGGCUUCUACCUUCACUCCGGCAGACGGCAAUUCCUGCGUGUGUCUCAAAACUGGUCAGGCAGAGUAUGGGCAAGGCAAGGUUGUAACUUUGAUAGAAAAACAGGCAUUGGCACGUGCCAAACUGGUGACUGCAAUGGCCUCCUCCAAUGCAAGGGCAUUGGUGGCAAACCCCCUGCUACCGUGGUAGAAAUGACCUUCAGUACCCCUGCAUCUUCCCUUCAUUUUUACGAUGUUAGUAUUGUUGACGGGUUUAAUCUCCCUGUCUCUAUGAUCCCUCUUGUCAGAUGGGAUAAGAGGGAAGGUUGUGGAGUGGCUGCGUGUGAGGCGGACUUGAAUGUUUAUUGUCCAUCAUCGUUGGUGAUUAAGACACAAGGGAAGGCCGUGGUGGGGUGUAAGAGUCCUUGUUUGGCAACAGGUUUACCAAAGUAUUGCUGUACUGGUGAGUUUUCUGGGGUGGAAAAGUGUCAGCCAACUGUGUAUGGGAGGUUGUUUAAGGCGGUUUGUCCCAGGGCUUACAGUCAUCCCUUUGAUGACAAAACUGGGCUUAAGACUUGCAAGGCUCCUAGGUAUGUCAUUACUUUUUGUCCUUCUACUUAGAAUCUACGCACCAAAUCGACUGACUGAAGCUUUCUACUAUUUGUUGUGGGGAAUGUUACUUUUCUCUGUUAAAGAUCUGUGCUACUUGUUCACUUUCACUAUGUUUGUCCGUAUUUAGUUGUCACAAUACUAGUUCAAUUAUUUCUUACAUGCAAUCUAAUGUUCCAUUCUU